UAGUUUCAUUCGAGGAUUGAGCCCCACCGAUUCCGAAUUAGUUUUACAAAGAUUGACAACGAGUUGAAGCUACAAAAUACGCACACACACACACACGCGAGAUGAACAAGCCGCAAAAGGCCACAAAGGCGAAGCGUGGCAAGCGCCACGCGCAGGUGCGAUCCAAGAUGCAGCCGCAUGACUUCGUGGAGGCGGAGGUGGAGAACGCCCGCAAGGCGGUGGAGCGCAAGCUGAUCUACCUGUCCGAAUCGAACCGCGUUACCGUUCCCCCUCGUCCGCUGAAAAAGGGCGGACCGGUGGCUGGGGGCGGGGCGGGAAACGGCGGCACAGGAGGACAUGGAGGUGGCAAUCGACGCAAGCAACGCAAGAAGCACCCGGCGAAGGUGCCAUCCAAAGAGACCACCAACGAAGAGGAAUCUUUGCAGGAGAAGGCGGAAAAGUACGAGAAGCGAAAUCGCGGUGGUUAUAACGUGUACCUGGAAUCUCCGCGCCGCAAUGGACUGACUCCCCGGGAUUACGUGGCCGAGGCAGCUGAAAUGGCGGCUCUGCUGGCCGCCCAUCGAACCUCGAGCGGAACGAACAAGACGGCUGACCUGCAGGAGGAGGAUCAGGAUGGAGAUAUGGGACGACUGCAGCUGAAGCCGCUGAGUAGCUACGCCCAUGAUCACCAUCUGCCCAGCUACUCGUGCGGCGUCUGCGGUGCCAAGUUCCACAUCCGCUCGCUGUUGGGCGCCCAUCGGCACACCCACAGCGAUGACUUUAAGAUCCGCUUCCGCGGACGGCAGCAGCGGGAGAGCAGCACCACCUUGACCGCCGCGAAUCAGUGCAAGUUCUGUGACCGGAAGUUCGACCUGGAGCGCACUCUCCACAUCCAUCUGCUGUGCCAUUGCAAGAAGAUUUCGCCGCAGCAGCGCCGCAAGUUGGCCUUCACGGAAUUGGCCCAUGAGAAGAAGGCGCCGCUGCCCAGUUUCCAGAAGGCCCAGCAGCACUCCCAUCGACAUCACGGCAAUUUGGCCAGCAUGGCGAAGCAUUCGCUGAUGCAGCAGCAGCUCCUCCACAAGACCGUCAUGCAGUCGUCGACGACUCACGAGCGAUGGCGUUAAUCCCCACCUGAAACCACCGCCAGAUGCCACCGAACACAGAACCAACGCUUGCUUCCAAUAACCAGGAAAAUAUCCAGAAAACUUUCAAAUGAAGUAUAUAUUUUAUAGCUCAUAUAUCUGAACACAGAACAAUGACAAGGAGACCUACAUGUUUUCUGGGAAGAUCCAAUUACUCUGGCGUUGAAUAAUCACAAUCAAUUUUCUGCGAAAAAAAUGUAACUAAAUUGAAAGUCUUCAAGCUUAAAUGACAAUGUAAUAAAAAGCUAUUUUAGUAUGUUAA